GGUAGGCGCUCCAUGGCUGUGAAGAUGGCGCCGGCUGCGUGGCUUCAGGUGCUGCCUGUCAUUCUUCUUCUUUUGGGGGCUCAGCCGUCCCCAUUGUCGCUCCUUGGUGUAGGACCGGCACCUGUCGCUGCUGCUGACCGAUCCAAGUGGCACAUUCCGAUACCGUCGGGGAAAAAUUAUUUUAGUUUUGGAAAGAUCCUGUUCAAAAAUACCACUAUCUUCCUGAAAUUUGAUGGAGAACCUUGUGAGGUAUCUUUGAAUAUAACCUGGUAUCUGAAAAGUGCUGAUUGUUACAAUGAAAUCUACAAUUUCAAGGCAGAAGAAGUGGAGACAUAUUUGGAAAACCUUAAGGAAAAAAAAGGCUUGUCUGGGAAAUACCAGACAUCAUCAAAAUUGUUCCAGAACUGCAGUGAGCUCUUUAAAACACAGAGCUUUUCUGGGGAUUUUGUACAUCGAUUGCCUCUCUUAGGAGAAAAACAAGAGGCUAAGGAGAAUGGAACAAACCUUACUCUUACUGGAGACAAAACUGCAAUGCACGAUCCACUGAAAACUUGGCAAGAUGCACCAUACAUUUUUAUUGUACAUGUUGGCAUUUCAUCCUCAAAGGAAUCCUCAAAAGAAACUUCACUUAAUAGUCUUUUUACCAUGACUGUUGAAGUGAAGGGUCCGUAUGAAUAUCUCACGCUUGAAGAAUAUCCAUUGAUGAUUUUUUUCAUGGUGAUGUGCAUCGUAUAUGUCCUGUUUGGUGUUCUGUGGCUGGCAUGGUCUGCCUGCUAUUGGAGAGAUCUCCUGAGAAUUCAGUUUUGGAUUGGUGCUGUCAUCUUCUUGGGAAUGCUUGAGAAAGCUGUCUUCUAUGCAGAAUUUCAGAAUAUUCGAUACAAAGGAGAAUCAGUUCAGGGUGCUCUGAUCCUUGCAGAGCUGCUAUCAGCAGUUAAACGCUCACUGGCUCGAACCUUGGUCAUCAUAGUCAGCCUCGGAUAUGGCAUAGUUAAGCCUCGACUUGGAGUCACUCUUCACAAAGUUGUGGUAGCAGGAGCCCUCUAUCUUUUGUUCUCUGGAAUGGAAGGGGUCCUCAGAGUUACUGGGUCUUUUUCUUAUCCCUUGGCUCUGAUAGGAAACCUGGCCCUCUCAUCAAUUGAUGCCUGUAUUAUUUUAUGGAUAUUUAUUAGCCUGACUCAAACAAUGAAGCUGUUAAAACUUCGGAGGAACAUUGUAAAACUCUCUUUGUACCGACAUUUUACCAACACACUUAUCUUGGCAGUGGCAGCGUCUAUUGUGUUUAUCAUCUGGACAACCAUGAAGUUCAGGAUAGUGACUUGUCAGUCGGAUUGGCGGGAGCUGUGGGUGGAUGAUGCCAUCUGGCGGUUGCUGUUCUCCAUGAUCCUGUUUGUCAUCAUGGUUCUCUGGAGACCAUCUGCAAACAACCAGAGGUUUGCCUUUUCACCAUUGUCUGAGGAAGAGGAAGAAGAUGAACAAAAAGAACCUAUGCUAAAAGAAAGCUUUGAAGGAAUGAAAAUGAGAAGUACCAAACAAGAACCAAAUGGAAAUAGUAAAGUAAACAAAGCACAGGAAGAUGAUUUGAAAUGGGUAGAAGAGAAUGUUCCUUCUUCUGUGACAGAUGUAGCACUUCCAGCCCUUCUGGAUUCAGAUGAGGAACGAAUGAUCACACACUUUGAAAGGUCCAAAAUGGAGUAAAGAAUGGGAAGAUGUGCAGUUGAAGAUGGGUAGUAACUCGGAAGAGAUCAGCUUCUGUGUCAAUCUUCUACACUCCUCCAUGGAAUUAAAGGAGGCAGUGAAACCUGAUCUAUUCCUUGACCUUUGUGCAUUGGAGCUGGUGAGAGGUGUCAGAACAAGGAGAACAUCUUACUGAAAACAAGUUCAUAGGACAAGAAAAAUCUACAAGUUUUUAUUUACAACAUUGAUGCCCCUUUCCCUCCCACACCCUGACAUGGAUGUUUAUGCAACUUAUGUGUGUUGUUCCUGAACCUUCUGUAACGUUUAAAUUGUUUAAUCUAUCAAACUAAAAAGUUUAACAUCUUCUAAAGAACUAUGACAUCAACGCCAUAAUAUGUAAUCUCCAGGAGCAACUGCCUAUAAUUUUUAUUUAUUUAGAGAGUUACACAGGUGAUGGGGGAAAUUAUCAAUUACCUUUCCAUUUCCUGAGAAGCCAAGGUUACAUCUUACAGAGGUAAUUUUGAGAAAAAAAGAGUCCUGAGCUAAGGAGCCAUGGUUCUAUGGAUGAUUUAAAA